GCGGUGCAGAUUCUGAACUGGGACUGGAGUUUUAUUUUGCAAUACUGGUUGAACAAGUUUCUGCCGAAUGCGGGGACGGAGUGUAGGAGGGGCGGUAGAUGUCUGGCAGCUGCCCUGGGGUGGAAUUCUUGUGUGUAGGAGGGUUCGCAGCGCGUCUCCGACAGCCAGGCCAGUCAAGGGUGCCACAGAAGGGAAGCCUUCGAGGAUCGAUCCUCGUUCUUAGGAAGACGAAGGGGGGCUUCCCCCAGACAAGUCACAGUACAGAACCCCGAAUCUUAUUUCCUAACUAGUGAAACAUCUGGGAGUGGAGGAGGUGGAUACCAGAGUCAGCAGGCGGAGCCGAAUGCCACCAGGUACUUUGGCAGAACGAUGGAGCUACGUGUUAGAUUUUCUUUUUUGAAAUGUCAAAGAUCAAGGCUGCACACCAAUACUGGCCUCUGAUGCAACUGGUAGAAAUGAACAGCCUGGCACUUUUGGUCUUCAUAUUACAAUGGACACUUUGGUGGUCACACAUGGUUGUCGGGCAGUGCCCUAAACACCCACCAAGUUUGAAUGUUAACUUUUCCGUGCCGUAUUACAUUCCAAGCUUUGAAGCUGAGCAGCCGAUUCAGAAUCUUGUUUCCGUUCAUGAUGGAAGUCAGGACGCCAGAAACGAAUAUGCUAGUAUUUUUGUAGCAGUCCAAAAUAAAAUAUAUGCACUGCAUGAAAACUUUUCAUCUGUGGAGGAUAUAGUGACUGGCCCUGCAGGAAGUGAUGUGUGUACGAUAUGCAAAAAGUGUAAUAUUAACAUAGACCCUUCCCAGAACAUGGAAGACACAGACAAUCAAUUUUUAUUUUUCGAUAGCCAAUAUCUUUCACUCGUCAGCUGUGGAAGUUCUCAACAUGGUGUCUGCUACAUGCAUGAGCGUCAGAGUGGUAGUACUGAGACAUCUUGCUUAUAUACUCCAAAUGAUAAUAAUGCAUCUUUCUGCCCUGAUUGCGUUGCCAGCCCCUUGGGUACAAAGGUAUCUUUAAUUUAUCAUUCUGCAACAAUGUAUUUUUACAUUGCUGCUACACUCAACAGUACAAUAACUAGUGAGUAUAGUCCAACGUCAGUAUCUAUCAGAAGAGUUAAAGGUGGUUUAGACGGCUUUUAUAAAGAGUUCCAUUCAUUGAAGGUACUGCCAAAAUAUCUGGAUGUGCUUCCAAUUCAUUAUAUCUACACGUUCAGCACAGACAGCCAUGUGUAUUUCCUGAUAGUUCAGAAAGAUAGUUCUCGCUCAUAUCAGACAAGGAUUGCUCGCUUAGAUACAGCAGAUCAGGUUGUCACAAACUAUAAAGAGCUAAUUCUGGAGUGUCGCUACUCACCCAAGCGUCGGAAGCGCACAGCAAAUGCUGUAGGAGAUAGAGUUUAUAACGUUCUGCAGGCUGCUCAUGUGUCAAAGGCCGGAACUAACUUUGCUGCAGAACUUAAUAUGAAGCCUACAGAUGAUGUACUUUAUGGAGUUUUUGCCAUUAGUGAGGAAGACAGCAGUUUGCCUCAGAAAAUAUCAGCUCUUUGUGCAUUCCCUCUCCAGCUAAUCGAUAAGGCUAUGGAGCAAGGUGUGAAGGACUGCUGUAGCAUUAAGAUUUCGAUGGAGCUACAGCGUGGCCUUUGCCACUUUCAAACGUGCAUGCCUUGUCCACACAAUAUAAAUUUUUCAUCUGAAGUCAACAACACAAGCUGUUUUAACCAACCAACAAUGAUCUUCCAACCCUUCCAGCGUCUGGAUUUAUUUAAUGGAGGAGUGCGUGAUGUACUUUUUACAGCCAUCUUAGUCACUGUGCAUGACAUAGAAACAGUUGCUCACAUUGGGACUUCAGAUGGGAGAAUUCUUCAGGUCAUCCUCAGCAGAUCUCAUCCGUUGAUCUAUUAUGCAAAUGUUACUCUGGAGGAGGGCACACCAGUUUAUCGUGAAGCUGCCAUUCUUGGAGACUCGCUGUUGUUUGUAACAGGAAACAAGGUUUGGAAGGUACCAAAAACUGGGCCUGGAUGUAAACAUUUCAUGACUUGCACUGCAUGUGUGUCAGCCCCAUCUCUCAUGAACUGUGGCUGGUGUGAAGGAUCAUGCACCUGGAAAAGUGAGUGUGAAAAGGAGUGGAAAAGUGAUGUGUGCCCCCCCGAGGUAACUCAUUUUUUUCCAGAAAGUGCUCCUAUAAAUGGCAAAACAACAUUAAAUCUGUGUGGCUGGAACUUUGUGUCCCCCAAGGGACCACCGAUUAGCCCAGCAACCCACCACAUCCAGGUUGGAACAAGAUCAUGCAGUGUGGUACCUUCAGAGAGUAAGGAAGACAGAUUAGUUUGUAAGUUGAAUGAUGACGUUGUGCAAGAGGCUGCAGAACAAGCUGAUAUUAUGCUAACCAUCAACGAGCUUACAAAGAACGAUCCAUAUUACAUCAAUGGGUCUGUCAGUGUCAGCGGAUUUACCUAUGUUGAGCCUCAUGUAUUAGAUAUGAUCCCAUCAUACGGACCAGUGGCAGGAGGAACAAACAUUACAGUAAGAGGCACAGACCUCAAUGUGGGGAGUAGCAGAAACAUAACCAUCAAUGGUGAACAGUGUAUUUCUGUCAGUGUGGCAGACACCUCCAUAGUGUGCACAACUCCGCCGAUGGAGCAGGAGAUGGAGACUAAUGUUGCAGUCACAAUCGACUCUGUGCAGCUGAGCAGUGCGCUUGUAUUCCGUUACAGAUCUAACCCAGUUGUCUUCAGCAUUACUCCUGCAUGCGGCUUUGCCAAUGGCAGUAGAAUUACAGUAAGUGGUGCAAAUCUGCAUUCAGUCUAUCAACCACAGCUGCUGUUUCAACUGCAAGAUGGUGAGGCUGUUACUUCAGUAUGUGAUGUUCCAAUGUCCUCUGAUACACUGCUUUGUAAAACACCAAGUAUAACACUUACGGACAGCAAUAAAGUUCAAGGCAUGAUACGUCUGGUAAUGGAUGGAACUCCAGAUCUGAAGGACUUCCCCUUCGAGUACCACCAAACUCCUGAGGUGUUUCGCUUUCAGGCUGAAAAUCAAGUCUUCUUGCUCAACAAACAGAUUGACAUUGAGAUACAUCACAAAGCACUUGAUUCUGUCGCAGGCUGCCUGAACAUUACAGUAACACUCAAUGGGAGGGACUGCAAAGCCUUAGUUCUGAAAAAUGAAAUCACUUGCCAUGUUCCACAAGAUCUAAUGAUCCAUGGCAAGCAACUGUGUGUACAGGUCUGGAUUAAUGGUGAAGCCCAGGAAAUUGGAACUCUUAAUAUGCAGCGUGGAACUGAUGCUAUAGUUGGAAUUGUGUUGGGGACGUUUAUGUCGAUACUCACUGUUGUUCUUCUGCUCUUUCUGUUAUAUAAAAUGAAGAAAAAGAAACAGAGUGCCACUGCAAUGUUGGAAAGGCUGAGCAGCCCCAACGGAACCCCAGUAAACAACAUUCCAAUCUUUGUCACAAACACUGACUACAGGUACUCCACAGAACACAGUGGCUCUAGUGGAAUGAUAUUUCGGGGAGGUGCAUACUCGGGGAGCACAGAUGGCCUGUCCCUCCCCCUGCUGGCAGAAAACAGCAUUUCCAUUGACUGCUUGAACCCCAUUAUACUAGAAGAAGUGAAGGACAUUCUAAUCCCAGAUGAGAAGCUUUUGGUGCACCGGGACAAAAUCAUCGGCAAAGGACAUUUUGGGAUUGUGUAUCAUGGAACCUACACAGAUCCUUCAAACAAGGAAAUUCACUGUGCCGUCAAGUCCCUAAAUAGGAUUAAUGAUGUGGAAGAAGUGGAACAGUUUCUGAAGGAAGGCAUCCUAAUGAAGGAUUUUCAUCAUCCACACGUACUUUCACUUCUGGGGAUUUUUGUUCCAAAGGAAGGGCUCCCACUAGUCAUCUUGCCUUACAUGAAACAUGGCGACCUGCGGCAUUUCAUUCGCAGUGAACAGCGGAAUCCUACUGUGAAAGAUUUAAUUGGUUUUGGUUUGCAAGUGGCACAAGGAAUGGAAUAUCUGGCACAGAAAAAGUUUGUCCACAGAGAUCUGGCUGCAAGGAAUUGCAUGCUAGAUGAGAUGUACACUGUGAAAGUCGCUGAUUUUGGCAUGGCAAGGGAUGUGCUCGACAAAGAGUAUUACAGCAUACAACACCGCAAAAAUGCAAAGCUGCCUGUCAAAUGGAUGGCCAUUGAAAGUCUUCAAACUCAGAAAUUCACAACCAAGUCAGAUGUGUGGUCUUUUGGGGUGCUUCUGUGGGAACUGAUGACUCGAGGAACAUCUCCUUACCCUGAUGUAGAUCCAUACGAUAUAACUCGCUAUUUAUUGAAAGGAAGAAGACUGCCACAGCCAGAGUUUUGCCCGGACCCUCUAUACAACACUAUGCUUCAUUGCUGGGCCCCUCAACCUGAAAUGCGACCUACCUUCACCAAGCUAAUACCAGAGAUUGAGCGAAUGCUAGAUUCCCUAAAAGGGGAACAUUAUGUUAACUUGGAAGUCUCCUAUGUAAACUUGGACAAUAAUCAGCCAUAUCCAGCCGUGCAAGUAUCUGAACCAGAACUGGAUAGCGACGAGGACUGAUUGGAUAACACUAUACAUUUUGCUACUGGAAUGUACUGAAACACAAGCCUUACUUGAAACUAACAGUGACUGUGAAUGCAGGCAGGUAGUUGUGGAUUUUCCACAAACUUGCAAUACUGAUUGUAGUUUUGGGUCAAAGUAAUUCAUUAUAAGAGAUUUUUUGAUAUGUGUAUAUUUAUUUAAUUGCUGACAAUGACUUUUAUGCAAGAUUUAUAUUCUAUAAAACUCACAAAAACAGCAUAACUAGAUUAUGGAAUGAGAUAUUGCUUCACAGAUCACUAUUUAUGCGUACUGCAUUACUAGGUGAAAGACUGUAAAACUGUGAGGCCACAAGACAUUCUUGUAUUCUGGAAUAAUCCUGUCUAUUCUGCUGAUAUAGUCUGCACUUUCAGAUUCCAGAAGUGUGCACAUAAGAAAUGUUUUGCCUCACCAUAAAUCACUGGAUUGUAUGAAUGCAUGGCAGGCUGCUGCUGAUGAUUUGUGUCUUAAUGGAGUCAGUGUUUUACUAAAUGAGGUUUGCUACCAUCAUUGUUAAAAUGAAAUAACCAUUGCAUUCCUUUCAAGAAAAACAGUUGCAUGGUUACAUAAGGAAAAAGGUGGUCAUUGUCAUUUUGGUUGUGGCUUCUGUGCCAGACGCAUGCUGAAGUUCCUGUUGAAAUUCUAGGAAAAUGGAAUUGUGAUUCUUGGAAUAUCUACACUGCUAAUACAAGUAUGGGGAUAUACUAAAUCCAAAAUGGCAAUAUCUCAAAUGUCCCCCUCCAAAAACACUUCUUUGGUUUUACAGUGAGCUUCAGCAUUUUAAUUAUUUCCUUUGAAGCCUCAGUUUACUAUGCAGUGGUGCGGGGCAGUGAGUGUUGUACUUCGGACAUUCUACACCAUUCUAGACUUAAGACUCUGUUGUGGAUGUGGGGGAAAUCAGGAAAAAAUCUAAAUGAUUAGAAUAAAAUUUCAAACUGCAGCCAGGGCUUUAAUGUUUUUAUUCCAUGCCCAGGAUAUUAAUUCAUCACAACAAAAAAGCUACUAACCGAAAAGGGUUUUGUGGUCGGCCAUAUUUUUCCAUUGUUAUGGUACCACAGGCCGUAACUAAACACGCUUCACAGAUUUCUAUAUUAGUUUUUAAUUUUCCUUAUCUGUGUCAUCCUCUUUGGUAUUUUAUACCUUGCUCUGUUAUUUAUUUUCUGUGCAAGUAACAUUAUGCCGGUACAUCCGUCUGACGUUGUGUUGGACUUCGCUGUAAUCCAGUCAGUGCCGGUACAUCCAUCUGAUGUUGUGUUGGACUUCGCUGUAAUCCAGUCAGUGCCAGUACAUCCAUCUGAUGUUGUGUUGGACUUUGCUGCAAUCCAGUCAGAUCCUGGAUCUCUUUCAGCCUCAACAUCUUUAUAACACGUUUAAUUGCAAAUCCCGCUUCUACCUCAUGUGCCAUCCUUCACAGUGCUUCCUUCUUGUUUUAUGAUCUUUUGUAGAUGAGAGUUCAGUACUGAGCACCAUAAUCAAUUUGUUGUUUCACCAAAGAAAGACAAACAAUAACAUCUGUCUCUGUCUCACUAUUCCAGACGGAGCUGUCUGUAUCUGUAUACUCCAACAUCCUGCUGUGUUUUGGAAAACCAUCUUAACACUGUUUGUUUGUUUUUCAGUCUGGCAUGUUUGACAUCUUGUUUGUUUUUCAGUCUGGCGUGUUUGACAUCUUGUUUGUUUUUCAGUCUGGCAUGUUUGACAUCUUGUUUGUUUUUCAGUCUGGCGUGUUUGACAUCUUGUUUGUUUUUCAGUCUGGCGUGUUUGACAUCUUGUUUGUUUUUCAGUCUGGCAUGUUUGACAUCUUGUUUGUUUUUCAGUCUGGCAUGUUUGACAUCUUGUUUGUUUUUCAGUCUGGCGUGUUUGACAUCUUGGCCUUUUCCUUUCUCGAAGUUGCUGUACUCUUUUCUGCAACAUGUUCCUCAAGUCCAGAUUGUCCUGUUUCCUUUGUGCAGUAUCUCACAUUUCUUUAUAUGUAAUGUUAGCUGCCACAUUCUGAACCUCACAUCACAGCUGUUCUGACAUUUUCUUUAACCAGCCGUUGAAGUUUAUAGACUUCAGAAAUGAAUACUGUUUGCCUACAACAUAUUGUAUAAUUUUGUCCCAUUUCACUGUUGUUGGCAAAGAUAUUGCAAGGGACGACCGCAUUAUUGACAUCAUUCACAUGCACAUUAACAUUUUCCGUCUCUUUUUUUUAACACUUUUAUGAAAUUAUCACUUAAGAUACAAGCAAACAUACAUUUAUAUAUUAAAAAAAAAACGUUAAUAUGUUCACAGUUACAAACAUUAUGCAUCACAUACAUUCUUUUAUAAAGUUAUCAUCAAUCCAGCAGUACACAAAUUGUUCACUUCCUGUCUUCUCUUAAACCUCACUCCCCCAAAACAUUAUUCUGCAUGCAUUGUUCCCACAAUUUCCAUUUAUUUCUAUGUAGUUUACUCCUACCCUUUUCUAAAGAUUCCACUUC